CUUUUCGUUCAGGUGAAAACGUGGACCUUGGGCCGACCCAUAUUGGAGUGUCAUUUAUUGACACAGCCAUGCAGAUGAUGGAAGGCAACCAAUGACCUUUGAGAAUCCUUUAUACGCCAAUGCAGCAGGAGACCCAGCUGUUAUUCAUGCCACACAGGUCACAGUCAAUGUGAGCAGUGAUCCACUGGCAAACAACUUUGUGAACCCAGUGUAUCACGGAGAACGAGGUGUGGCUGUGGUGAAUACUGCUGAAAGCUCUGCAUCUGAAAAGGAGUCAAAGUGGAGCCAAUUCAAAAGAAAACUGAGGCCGGGAACCACAUUUGAAAACCCUUCAUAUUCAGAGAUGAAAGAUGAGAAGCCUGUGGGGGGCAGCGUUGAGUCCUCUGAGCCAUCUCCAUUUGCACCUCCAGCCAAACUGCAGAAGAAGGACCGUCCCAUGACCUUCUCUCCCACUGAGGACACUUUCAAGGACACGGCCACUCUGGUCAAAGAGGACAGUGAUGUAUAACACUUGUCUGGACCAUGGGAACAAAUAAAAACACACACUUUGCACAGAAUUUAUUUUUUUAUGCAGCCUGUGUACAAAACUCAAAUUAUUGUUGGAGAGAAAUAUGUUUCUAUAAAUGAGAGGUUUCUUGUAUGAAUGACUAUGCCUUCGAAAAUGUCUUAUGCCAAUUUUUGUUUUUUUUGUGUCCUUUAUUCUGAUGUACUUUAUGUAUAUCUUUGCACUGACGCUGCUCAUAGAUUUGUUAAUAUGUUGUAUAUUUGUAAAUUUGAAGAUGUAAGUUUGAAGUCCUGUUUCAUAUAGAUUUAUAUGAAUAGUUCUACUGAAAUUUGUACAGUACUUAUAAUGAAGUUGCCAUGAAGAAAUCUAGAUACAUUUUUUUUGCAUAAAACGUUUAUCUAUACAUAUAUAUA